CCCAGCCAGCGCACCAUGAUGUAUGCGAUGUGCACAACUUCACUUUUUUUUCCUCCCUCCUCGGUGUCCUUUUUGGGGUGGCGUGUGAGCCAAGCGCUUUCGCACACACACACGCACAAGAACGCACAAGCACGCACACGCAAGGAAGCAAGCGAGGGAGCAAGGGAGCAUUAUCAUUGCAGCAGUCAGUGCUCGUGAUCGGUCGAUUCCACCCAAGUUGGGGACAUGAAUGCUACGACAUCGGGUGCCACCAACCAGGGUGGCAGCAGCGACAACGCAACACUCUCCACCACGAUCAUCAACCAUGUCGUCAACACAACGAUGACAGCCAUCGGCAACAUGAACAGCAGCAAUGUGAGCAGCAACAGCACGUCGGCUGCUCCCGCUGGGCCAUCCGACACAACACUCCCAACGACGACGACGACGGGAACCACAACAUCUUCUUCUUCAUCUUCCUCAUCAAGCAUGGGCAUCGUCUACCAGACGAGCGACGUUGGGUUUGGACCCUUUGCCAGCUCUGGUCUUCCAUACUCCACGCAAGUGAUGAUUUUGGCCCUGAUCAUCAUGGCCGGUGCCAUGAUUCUCAUCGCCGCUUGCUUCAUCUGGCUCAGGCGGCGACAGCAACAGGAGAUGAUUGAAGCCACGAAGAAAGUGGUUGCUGCCCGCUGUGAUCCAGACAAGUACUUCCGCAACAUGCGCAAGACACCAGUCAACUACCCACACGUGCCCACUUACAGGUAUGACAAGACGAACACGGUUGACUCGACGUACAUGAAGAUACUGGAGAGCAAAGUGGCUUCGUGUGAUGAUGAGAGCGGGUCGGACAUAUCUGUGUAUGCGUACGACGGCGGCGAUGGCGACAGCAAGAGGAAGCGGAGGAAGAAGAAACACCGCAAGGACAAGAAGGACCAGAAGAAGAGGAAGAAGGCAAAGGAUAAGAAGGAUAAGAAGAAUAAGAAGGACAAGAAGAGAAGCAAGAAGCACCAGCUCACGAGCCACCACGAUGACAGCGGUGGCAACAAGGCUGGUGAGACCAUCCACCUCCUCAAUGACUUCCACGCCAACGGAAGCGCAGAUGCUCGGCCCAGCAGUGCAACGACAGCGAGCACCACCCUGCCCAACACAACCCCAGCCCAGUCCCCGCGCGCAGGCGCCGCCGAACCCCUGUCGCCCACGACGCCACGACCACCAUCAUCGUCAUCAUCAUCGCAACCGCGCCCAACCAGCGCCGUGCCAGGGCUCGUCACCUCGUACACACAGCCCCUCUCCUCGCGUGUGGAGGUGCUGCUUGGCGACAGUCCUGCUGCCUUCCACAGCGCCUAUGCCAGCGGACCAUACGACUACGGUGCCCAUCAAUAUGGGCGCGAUGGUGAUGACAGCGGCGGUGUGGCUGAUGGGCUGUCGCAGGCCGGGUCUGACGCAGCAGCAUCCACUGCACACAGCGCCGUGCCACCGCUGUUCACCGAGCAAGAAAUUGCCGCGCACCUCUCCUCUCGCGUACACGUGCUUCUGCCCGAAGACGAUGAUGGUGAAGACAACGAUGACGACGACGGUGACGGUGUUUGUGAUGUCGCCUACACUGGCGCCUACGAUCAUGGUCCACAUACCUCCUCCAACUUGCUUGAUCGCCCACCACUGGCGCCACCAGCGUACCCGUAUCACCUCCGUUCAUCCGGUGCACGCGCCCAUCGCCACCACGGCAACACGCACGACUACACCGAUGGUGACAAUGAUGGCACGGCCUCUGUGGCGACGUCUGUGAGCGCGGGUGUGCCGCCACUCGUGCCCGUCCCAAACACGCAGUUCUCAUCGCGCGUGCACGUGCUGCUUGAUGAUGAUGACGACGACAACAACAACAACGAAGGACAUGAUAGUGAUGCUGUUGAACGCUUGUCGCUUCUGCAGCAAACCAGUGCUGACGGGAGCAGCAAGGCGAGGAAAGGAAAGCGCAGCAAGAAAGACAAGAGCAAGAAGAAGAGGAGGAGCAAGCGAACCAGCGGCGAACGAGACAGCAGCAGGCGCAGCUCAAGUGCGCGUUCGAAAGAACACAUGCACGGGAGCCGUCGCCAGAGCACUGCCGACAUGACGCUGCCGCCACUGUCAGCGCUGCCAGAACAGCGAGCUGAGCAGAUGCGCACGUACUUCCGCUUGCCGGCGCUUGACGAGCCAGCAGUCGAGCACAGCAUCGUCACGGCGGAUAUGGAGGUGGGGCCAAAGAAGGGCACCAACAAGAAGCGUCGCUCGAAAGGCACGCACCGGUCGCACGUGUCCAGGGGUACCGGGACUGGGCGCCUGGUGUUGAGGAACAACGACGACGACGACGACGACGACGACGACGACGACGAUGAUGAUGAGCUUGAUGCUGAUGUUGUUGAAGUGUUGCAUGGCUCAACGGCCGUGGCAGGGGGCGUGUCUGACCUGAUUGAAGGUCUUGGCUUCAAGGACGAGGAAGCUUCGCGCACCAGCACAGGCAGGAGUCUGAAGAUGUUCACGCACGUUGUCAAGUCACUUCGACGGAAGGCAGACAUUGACUGGGCGCAACAGCUGGAAUUUGACCAGUUUGAGUGAUGCGCGUGUCUGUGUGUGUCUGUGUGUCUGUGUUUUGUGUUUGUGUUUGGUUGUGUGUUCAUGUUUGUUUGUUUGUUUGGUUGGUUGGUUGGUUGGUUGGUUGUGUGUUCAUUUUUGUUUGUUUGUCAAUGUGUGUGCGUCUGUGUGUUUGCUUGUGUGUGUCCUUCCGUGUGUUUACUUGCUUUCUGCCCACAUCACUUUCCUUCUUCGCUGGUUGGUCAAAGACAGCAUGUCAACUGCUCUAUUUGUUCUUGGUGCAUCACAACAACAACAACAACAACCAAGAAGCA